GGUUACGGAAUAAUCGGAGGGCGAGCUCGACAAAAUUCUUCGGGUCCAAGUUGUGACAACAUUUGCCGUUUAUGCUUAAAAUCCAGUUGAAGGUGAAAGUUUGCCCGUUCUGGACCUCGCCCUCACCCUCGCCGUUCGACUCUUCGUGCGGUCCUUUAUCGUCCUCGAGUCCAAGGCCUGCGAAGAAAGCUCAUCAUUCUCGUCCUAGUCUGAUCAUCAAAGAAGGCCUACACUUGCGUUGGUUGCCAAGAGCGACGAAAUUGAUUAAUGCCCCCGGCUCCUCUCUUCUCCAUGGCCAAGAUUAUAACGGAUCACGCUUGUCUCCCGCACAACCUGCAUCUUGUUCUCCAAAGCUCAGGCUCCAGGCUCAAACCAGCGCUCCUCAUUUGUGUCGCCGGAUGCCCAAGGCACAGCAAUUCCUUCGGAUCACGACCGGUGAGAAAAUCUGAUCAUCAGUGGCCUCUGCGCACUGAACCGUGAAAAGAUGUGCUUUUCCGCCCCCCUUGAACUUUGGAAUGAUGAUUUACAUCAAUUGCACACCGAAGCGAGGACAGUACCGCAGUCCACUUAUCAACAGGAUACAAUCGUCCCCUACGCACUGAUGAACUCGUCCUAGCCCUCGAGCAGGCUCAUAUCGAAAAGCAUCAUAAUAAAAUGGUGAUGAUGGGAUUCUACCCAAGCCUGGCCUGGGCUAGCCUCUCAACCAAAUAGCGAAUCAAGUUCACGUGGGCUCAUGCAUCGGACCCGAGCCUGGCUCUGGCGACCGGUGCCCUACAUAAUGCCCUCCUGAUGAACGCUACUCUACGCUUAGACCUCCGCCAGGCGCCUGGUGCAACUUGGACGAUUCUCGGUCAUCGGCUGACCCGGCCGUCAUUACGCUCCCGCUACGUACCGUAUUCCCAGAUCUGAACCGCGACACCGGACGAGUACGCCCCGAUCUGACCGGUCUUGAUGCCGAUUUAUUAUUAUUUCAUCUGAUAUAUACAAUAUCAACAUUAUGCGUGUACAAGACAAGACCAUUAUUUCAUGUACGGAUGUCUUUUAACUUCGU